AUGAAGACGGCGCAACCGGAGGCGGGCGACGGCGUAUUCUCGCGGGCGGCCGAGCUGCUCAACUCUGUGUUCAAUCGGCCCAACGCUGACGAGGACGAUGCCGCGCCUCCACCCCGGUCUCAGCGCGGCGCCAGCUUGCCUUCAAAGGCGUCAUUGCGCAUGAGCAUCGCUCGGUUCGAGGAGGAAGGAAGGUUUUCGAGUGAUGCAGUCGAUCACGAGAAGAUUCUCAGCAAGAGGGUGUGUCUCAACCGGGAGCAGGGCACUAAGUUCGCCUCGAAUCGGGUCAUCACCUCUCGGUACACCAUCCUCACCUUUGUACCGCGGUCGCUCUUUUCACUUCUCAACCCGUUCAACCGCUUCGCGAACUUCUACUUUCUCGUCGUCGGCUGCCUGCAGGCCGUGCCUGCCAUUACCAUCACCGAGGGGCGCGCGGGCACCUUCAUGCCGCUCUCGUUUGUGCUAUUCGUCGACAUGCUCAUGCGCGCAAUCGAGGACUACGCGCGCCACCGCUCGGACGCGGAGACCAACUCGAAGCCCGUCGACGUGCUGCACGGCACGUCCGCGCGGCCCGUGAUGUCAGACGUGCCUAUCGCGCCGUGGGAUCUCGGCUAUGAUGACCGUGGCAGCCGCAACUCCUCGGUGGGCCGAAAGAGCGGCGCCAUCGGGCCGACUGCCGCUGGGCCCUGCUGGCAGACGUUGCCCUGGGACAAGGUGCGGGUCGGUGACGUCGUGCGCGUCGGGAACCGGGGUGCUAUACCAGCAGAUCUCCUGCUGCUGGGCGCGUCGCCGGAGGCGGGCUCAGCCUGGGUCAACACCAAGCCCCUCGACGGCGAAUCCGACACCAAGCUGCGCAUGGCGGUCGCCCCCACGUCGCUGCAGCUUGAGGGGCUGCGCGGCCCGGAGGUAGCCGAGCGGCUGGCGCGGUUUGAUGGGACCCUGCUGUGUGAGCUGCCGAACGACAAGGUCAACGACUUUGUUGGCCGCCUGCAACUCUGCCCCUCGGGUCCGCACAAAUUCGGCGGCGCCCGCGUGACCGUCGAUCGAGACAACAUGCUCUUGCGCGGCUGCCAGCUACGAAACACAGAGGCGGCCUUCGGGAUGGUCGUCUCUGCCGGCGUGGAGUGCAAGAUCAACUUUUCUGGCAAAAAGCUCGGCGAGUUUGAGACCGAACGGACGGGCCACAUUGCCUCCGCCGUCAACAUCGACGUCGCUGGGGUGGCCGUGUUGCUGGUUCUGGUGUGCUGUGUCCGAUCCUCCCCCAGCCCCGCCUCUCACGCGUCUUUCUACUUUUUCAUCUUUCGCAGCGGGAAGGAGACGGCCCGGCCCCGUCUCGCUCGCGCUCGCGCGCACGCGCGCGCCAGGGUUCGUGAGUGA